CUUGACCAUGAAAAUAUCUUUAUAUUAACUAAUUUCUCGGAAGCUCAACUUUUUAAAUGGUUUAAUUUUUUUUUACUCUGGUUAGCGUUUUCUUUUUUUAGCAAGGUUGUUAAUCCCAUGCCUAAACCCUUCUUUUAUCCAAGUUUAAUACUGGCAGUAACCUUAGAAAUGCUAUAUAAAGAAUUUUUGAUCUUUUGUGAUUAAAUCGAUAUGUAUGAUUGGUGUAUGUUCUUUGAUUUUUGAAGUUAAUUUUAAUGAUAUCACUUAAGGUUGAAAUCUACUAUAACUACUUCAUUAAAUCCUUAUAGGAUUACCUAAUCAAACUGUAUUUCGUUUCAUUUUAAAUUUACAAUCGUUUGUUAAUGAUUCUUCCAUAUAUUGCUUCAUUUUUAAUAUUAUAGUUAUAAUAUUUUGAUUUUUUUUUCCGUUUCUUCUGAAUAUAUAUACAGAAACCACUUCCUAGAUUACCGGUUCCAGAUUUACAUAAUACAUUAGAUAGAUAUUUACGAUUAAUAGCACCAGUUGUUUCAAAAGAAGAUUUUGAACGAACUAAACUAUUAGUUGAAGAAUUCGGUAAAUCUGGUGGAGAAGGAGAAGAAUUACAAAAUUUACUUAAACAAUAUGCAAUGACAAAGAUCAAUUGGGUUACAGAAUGGUGGUUAGAUGAUAUGUAUUUAUUAAAUCCUGCACCAUUACCAAUUAAUUCUAGUCCAGGUAUGGUAUUUCCACGUCAUUCUUUUAUUAGUACAAGACAACAGUUAAGAUUUGCUGCUCAAUUGAUUUCUGGAAUUCUUGAUUAUAAAACAAUAUUAGACACCCGUUCACUUCCAAUCGAUCGAGCACGGCAUAGUAAAAAAGGUCAACCAUUUUGUAUGGAACAAUAUUAUCGAUUAUUUAGUUCAUAUCGUUAUCCAGGUAAAACUAAAGAUAUACUUGUAACAACAUCUGAACGAGAUCCAUUCGAUCCUGAACAUAUUAUUGUCAUUUAUUUAGACCAGUUCUUCGUUAUUGAUGUCAUAACUAAUGGGAGUAGAUUAAGUGAAGAAGAUAUAUAUAAUCAGUUACGUCGUGUUACACAGUUCGCUGAAGAGUCAAUAGCUGGUGAAAGUGAAAUGGAAGUACAACCAAGAGUUGGUGCUUUAACAGCUUUACCAAGAAAUAAAUGGGCAGACGUUUAUGAACACAUGUGUCAAGAUCCAGAAAAUGAAGGAAAUUUAAAAACCAUUGCGAAAAGCAUGUUUGUAUUAUGUUUAGACAAACCAAUUCAAGCAGUUGAAGAACUAGAUGAAACAACAGAUAUUAAUGGAUUUUUAAAUGAAACAGAUGAUCCGAAUAAUUUAAAUAAACGUGAUGAUGUUUCAUUAGCUUUACAAUUAUUACAUGGAAUGGGUAGUUCAUUUAAUGCGGCUAAUCGUUGGUAUGAUAAAACAAUGCAAUUUAUCAUUUCCCGUGACGGUAAUUGUGGUCUGAACUAUGAACAUUCUGUUGCUGAAGGAAUCGCUGUAGUACGCUUGAUAGAACAUAUUCUUCAAUAUAUGAAAGAAGUAAAACGAUGGAAAUUAGUUCGAUUCCCAUCUGUAUGUGAAUUGGCAUAUCCGAGAAGACUGAAAUGGAAUUUAGACAGUAAUUCAAAAUCAAUGAUUGACUACGCCUUAAAUGAAAUCGAUAAGAUAGCAGAUGAUCUGGACUUAUACAUACUUCGUUAUAAACAAUAUGGACGAGAGUUCCCAAAAACUGUUAACAUGAGCCCAGAUUCAUUCAUUCAAUUAGCUCUACAAUUAGCUCAUUUCAAAUUGCAUAAAUAUUUAGUGCCAACUUAUGAAAGUGCUUCAACAAGACGAUUUGCUUUAGCUAGAGUUGAUAAUAUUAGAGCUUGUUCAAUGCCAGCUUUGGAAUGGUGCAAAGCAAUGACAGGUCAGACCAAAUGUUCAACAGAUGAAAAAAUUCGUUUAUUACGUAAAGCAAUGGAAUGGCAAACAGAAAUUAUGCUUGAAACUAUUCUUGGUCAUGGUGUAGAUAAUCAUUUACUUGGUUUAAGACAAAUAGCAUUAACUCAUGGUAAAGAAUUACCAAAUAUUUUCAAAGAUCCAAGUUAUAUGGAAUCGAAUAGAUUUCGUUUAUCAACAAGUCAAGUACCAACAACAAUGGAUGCGUUUAUGUGUUAUGGAGCAGUUGUGCCUAAUGGAUACGGCGCUGCAUACAAUCCACAUCCUGAUAAUAUUGUUGUAGUCAUUUCUUGUUGGCGUACUAAUCCUAAUAAUAAUGCAUCGAAAUUUGCAGAAAUGCUUGAUUCAGCAUUUACAGAAAUGCGUGAACUAGUCCUUUCAAAUCCUCAGUUGGCUAAACAACCAUCAAAUGAACCUGUUGAAUGGAGUAUAGCUAAAUCACUUGGUGCUGAUGUAGGUCUAAGUGUGACUGGUUAACGAGGAAAAACAUUGAAAGAAAUAGAGAGAAAAUUCAAAAAUUUAUACAUCUAUUUUUAGCGCCACUCGAUAUUUUUUCAUUCAUUAAUAAGCAGAAUUAUACUUACAUUGAUUCUUUCCCUUUUUAUGAUUCUCUAGUAAGUUUUUUGCUUAUGAUUUUCGUUUCCUGAUUGUGUUGGGUUACUUAUAUAAAAAAUGAUUGUUAAAAUCAAGAUACCGAAAUUUUAUUUAUUCAUUACAACUAAUUUUCAAAACAGUUUUCUCUUAACCCAUUUAAUUUUAUGGUAAGAUAAUAAAAGAUUUCCAUUAUUUAUUACUUAUUUACAUUAUUUAUUCACAUUCAAUCACAUAUUUAUGUUAAAACAAAAAAAUGGAUCAAAUACUUUUUCACAAAUUUCCAAAUCUAACUGAUUCAUAAGAAUACUACUUAUAAAUUGGUAAGUAGAAUAAUAGAGUAAUACAUCAUUAACUUUAUAUCCAAGCAUAUUAGGAUAAUAAAUUAAUAAUCAUGUUAGUGUACAUUUCUGCAAGAGUA